AUGGUCCUGGCCAUGAAACUUCUGUUCCUCACCUGCCUGUGGCCGACAGCAGUGCUACACAGUUCUCAAAGUCAGCAUCACCAUCUUCAUCAUCGGCAACAGUUCUCAUUCUUAAGAAAGCAUAACAGCAAACGAGAAAUUAAAAUGAGGAAACUUGACAGCACCAAAGUACGGCCACUUAAAUCUGAGCAGCUUCUUCGUAUAGAGGACCAUGACUUUGCACUGAGACCUGGAUUUGGAGGGUCGCCAAUACCUGUGGGCAUUGAUGUGCAGGUAGAAAGCAUUGACAGCAUAUCUGAAGUUGACAUGGACUUCACAAUGACUUUAUAUCUCAGACAUUACUGGAAGGAUGAGAGACUUUCAUUUCAUAGUAACAAAAACAAAAGCAUGACUUUUGAUGGAAGACUGAUAAAAAAGAUCUGGGUACCUGAUGUAUUUUUUGUACACUCCAAAAGAUCUUUCAUCCAUGAUACAACUGUGGAAAACGUCAUGCUCCGAGUAUACCCUGAUGGCAAUGUACUCUUCAGUCUACGAAUAACAGUUUCUGCUAUGUGUUUCAUGGAUUUCAGUAGGUUUCCUCUGGACACUCAGAACUGUUCUUUAGAACUGGAAAGCUAUGCAUACAAUGAAGAUGAUCUGAUGUUAUACUGGAAACAUGGAAACAAGUCCCUGAGCACAGAUGAGCACAUCUCCCUCUCCCAGUUUUUCAUCGAAGAAUUCAGUGCUUCCAGUGGACUAGCUUUUUACAGCAGUACUGGCUGGUAUAAUCGACUUUUUAUAAAUUUUGCGCUCCGGAGACAUAUUUUCUUUUUUGUGCUACAAUCCUAUUUCCCAGCCAUGCUGAUGGUGAUGCUGUCUUGGGUUUCAUUUUGGAUUGACAGAAGAGCUGUUCCUGCUAGAGUAUCACUAGGUAUAACGACAGUGCUGACAAUGUCAACCAUCAUGACAGGAGUAAGUGCCUCAAUGCCUCAAGUGUCUUACAUAAAGGCUGUGGAUGUGUAUUUAUGGAUCAGCUUCCUUUUUGUCUUCCUGUCUGUCAUCGAGUAUGCAGCAGUGAACUAUCUCACCACAGUUGAAGAGAGAAAGCAACUAAAAAAAAGGGGCAAGGCUUCAGGAAUGUAUAGUAUUGAUGCAGUGCAAGCAAUGGCUUUCGACGGCUGCUUUCACGACACAGACGUGGACGUGGACCUGACUCCUUUCUCAGACCGUUGUGAAGAGAACGAGACUCGGGCACGUGCUGCCAGCGUCUCCAAUGUGGACACAACUCGCGUAAAGAGGAAGAGAUCUCUGAAGGGAAGUGUGGGCAGGAUUAUUUUACAGAACAAUCAUGUUAUUGACACAUAUUCCAGGAUUAUAUUUCCCAGUGUGUAUAUUGUGUUCAACUUUUUUUACUGGGGUUUGUACAUAUGA